AAACUGGUUAAGAAUCAGAGGGUAAUAUGUCUCAGUACACCCGCAAAGACCCUCCCUGGAGUCAUGUUGGCGUUGCAGGUGCUGGGCUGAAUCAGACUAUUAUGCAGCAGAAUCAGUCAUUAUUAGGUGCCCAGCCUGGUGUAGUAGGUACCCCUACCACUGUCUAUGGUCAAUCUAUGGUGAGCAGUGCUGGGCUAGCAGGAGCUACAACAGCAUACCCUACUCCACAGCAAACCAUGCAACAAAGACAAAACAUUGCCAUACAACAGCAACAAGCAGCUGCCCAGAACGCUGCAGCGGUAGCAGCAGGCUCUCAGGGAGGUGGUACCCCUCAGCUAACAGUUAGUUACCCAACAACCAGAGCCACACAAGGAGGACAACCUCGUCAGAGAGUCUUUACUGGAACAGUCACUAAGCUCCAUGAUACAUUUGGCUUUGUGGAUGAGGAUGUUUUCUUUCAAACAAACACCGUAAAAGGAUCCAUGCCCAAGAUUGGUGAGCGGGUAUUGGUUGAAGCUACCUAUAAUGCCAGCAUGCCAUUUAAAUGGAAUGCUACUCGUAUACAACUCUUGAAUAGUCCUAUGGAGCAACAGGUUGCUCAGGCGCCACCACCACAACAGCAGCAACACCAUGCUGCCAUGAAGAUGCAACAACUUAAGCAAAUGCAACAACAACAGCAAUCAAGUCGCAUUGAAAAUGUUUCUCAGCAAUUUAAAAUGCUAAAGCAAAGUCAGCAGCCCCUCUUGAAAACCCCACAGGGAGGGAACAUGAUGCCCACACACAAUCAACAACCCCCACCCCCAGGCCUCCUGGGCAACCCACCCCCAUUGCUACAGCAACCUCCACAGGGAGUGGUUCAGCAACCGGCUUUGCUACAGGGAAACACUCAGGCAAUGCAGAAUCUAGCUGGUGCCUAUGCACAUCAAGGCAGAUCAAGUCAGAUCAGUCAGCAGUCCAUCGGACGACGUGACUUCAGCAGCAGUGGAAGCAGCAGAGAUAGAGACCGUGAAAGAGACCGUGAACGAGAGAGGGAUCGUGCCCAGCGAGAAAGAGAACGAGAAAGGGAACGCGAACAUCGAGAGAGGGAACGCGAACGAGAGAGGGAACGUCGCGAACGUGAAAGGGUAAGGGAAAGGGAGAAGUCUCCAGUGAAGCGAUCCAGGUCUCCACGUCGUUCCAAGUCUCCAAGAAGAUCACCAAGGCGUACAAAGAGGGUAGUACAGCGAUACUGUGUUCAGAUCCCACGCUUUGCUCUGGAUAUCCCCAAGUCAGAUGUGAUUGAACUCCACAAGCGUUACAUGAAUAUGUACAUCCCGAGUGAUUUCUUUAUGGCUAAUUUUGCCUGGCAGGAUGUGUUUCCAAUUCAUCGUCCAAUGAAUGUAGCUCAACCAUGUAGCUUUCACAUCAUGCACAAAGAAGCCCCUCCUCCCCAGGGUGCUGCUACCGUCAUUGACCCUCCUGAUGUAAACUACUCCUAUUCUGCCAAGGUGAUGCUGAUGACAUCAGUCUCUCAGGAUGAACUCUACGAGAAGUGUAGCGCACGAGCCCAGGAUUCCUCAGAGAUUAGGGAGAACUUUCAGCACCCCACUCGCCUUAUUAAUUUCUUAGUUGGACAGAAGGGCAAGAAUGAGGUGAUGGCUAUUGGUGGACCUUGGUCUCCUUCUCAAGAUGGUGCUGACCCUGUUAAUGAUACAUCCGUAUUGAUCAAGACAGCCAUUAGGACAACAAAAGCAUUGACUGGGAUUGACCUGACUGCCUGCACACAAUGGUACCGGUUCUUGGAGCUAAGCUACCAUCGUCCAGAGGAGAUUCACAAAGGCCGAGUCAUCCCGGCGCGAGUCGAAACUGUCGUAAUUUUCGUGCCUGACGUGUGGCACAUUUUACCCACGAAGGUUGAAUGGGAGAAUCUUGUGGAGCUGUACAGAAAGACACUGAGCAGCAAAUUAGCAGCAGUGGACAACCGAGAUAAGAAAAUAGAGGACUCCGCCCCAACCCAGGAGGAGACUGCUGCUGUCAAAGAGGAAGAAGAAGAUGAGACUGAAGAGCCGGAGCAACAGACACCUACCAACUGGAAGGAGCUUGAUCCUAAAAAUAUGAAGGUGAAUGAACUUCGUCAGGAGCUUGAGAUCCGUGGCUUGAAUUCCAAAGGUCUGAAAUCUCAGCUCAUUGCUCGCCUUACCAAGAUGCUCAAAUCAGAACAGGAGAUGGAGGAUGCAGAGCCUGCUGCCAUGGAAACAGAUGGAGCUCCAGAUGAUUCUAAGGAUGAACUAAAGGAUACUCCAAAGGAGGAAGAUGUUUCAGAGAAGGAUAAAGAAAAGGAGAAAAAAGACAAAGAAGAGAAAGAGAAGAAGGACAAAGAGGAUGAGCAAAAGAAGGAAUUGGUUGAAGAGGAGAAGAGGCGCCAGCGAGAUCGAGAGAAGCGUGACCUUGAGUCACGAUAUGCCAUGCCUGAUGGUCCAGUAAUCUUAGUUCAUCCUUCACCCAUUGCUAAGAGUGGAAAGUUUGACUGUUCUCAGCAGUCUCUUAGUGUCUUGCUUGACUACAGGGUAGAAGAUAACAAAGAACAUUCUUUUGAGGUUUUUCUUUUUGCUGAGUUAUUCAAUGAGAUGUUACAAAGAGACUUUGCCUUCAACAUGUAUAAAGCUAUCGUCAGGGCUCCUGAGAAGAAAGAAGAAAAGAAAGAUGACAAGAAGAAGGAUAAAGAUGAGAAAGAAAAGAAGGAAAAGAGGGAUGAAAAGAAGGAGGAACGUAAGGAUGAAAAAGAUGAGAAGAAGGAAGAUAAGAAAGAUGAUGAACCAAAGACGAAGAGACGCAAAACAGAAGAAAAGGAUGCAGAUAAAGAAGAAAGGAAAGACAAGGAUGAAGAACGAAAGGAGGAAGAUAGCAAGGAUAAUGAUAAAGAUGGAGAUGAAGAAGAGAAUGAAACAAAGACCAAUGAAGAUGAUGAUGAUGAUGAUGAGAAGAAGAAGGGCGAUAAGAAGAAUAAAGAUGAUAAGAGCAAGCCGAGAGUUAAGAUAGAAACACAUGAUCCUCAUCUUCUUCUAUCCUGCAUCUACUUUGAUCAGAAUCAUUGUGGUUAUAUCUUAGAGAGAGACUUGGAAGAGAUACUGUAUACCAUUGGUGUUCAUCUAUCAAGGGCUCAGGUUCGUAAGCUGCUUCAGAAGGUAGUCACCAGAGACUGUUGGAGUUACAGAAAGCUUACAGAUGGACCUAAGAAGGACAAAGAUGAUACAAUAGAUGUUAAACAUGAACUUUCUGAUCUAGAUCUUUCUAAGGGUAAUCAAGCGAUUCUUGAUAGUAUGUCAUCCAACAAGAAAGGAUCAAAGACCAUAGCUCCUGAUGGUGUUACCAUGGUAAAGUAUGGUGGAACAGUGAUUGAUAUCGCUAACCUGUUGAAACAAGUACAGAAGGCUGAUCAAGAGCGAUCUAUGGCAGAGAAGAAGAUUGAAUCUUUGGAGAAACAGAUAGACACCCUGAAGAGUAAAGCCAGCUCCAGUGAAGCCACCGUUACCAACGUCAGCGGUGAGCUACUAGACGUCCAGAAGAAACUCUCUACUUCUGAGCGUGCCCUCAUCGGCUCAUCAACUCGCUCCAAGAAGCUCAUUGACGUCAUUGGGACCGCUCAGAAAAACCUGGAUGAAAUCAUGCUUAAGUUUAACGAGGUCCUGGAGGAAGCCCUGCUGCCCCCUACAGUCAAGAUUCCUGAGAAGGUUAUUGAGAAAGGCAAGGAAGAUAUCAAGGUCAAGACAGAGAGCAAACCUGUCGUUAAAUCAGAACCAAAAAGCCCAAGAGUAGAGAAGUAGAGAUUGAGUGGGGUAGUUUAAUACUGUAAGCACUUAGGAAAGGUAAAUACAAUUAAGACUACAAUAAAUAGCACCCUCCUUGUGACCCAUGACAAGUUUGGGGAUUUUUAUUCACUUGUUGAUCAGCAUUUUUUAUUGAGACAGUAUCCAUCUUUGUUCACAGCAGUGCUAACCACCUGUUGAAUUGCCAAAAGUAAUUUGAUAUUAUCAAUAAGAUAAUGAUUGGUAUCACUUGAUUAUUUCAUCCUGAAUAAGCUGUUUGAAAAAAAAACUUUCCCCACCAAAAACUCUUGUCUAAUCCCAAAAUCUAUGAAUUAUUUGCUUAUGUUUUGCCCAUUGAUGUACAAAUACGAUUGAGCUGUAUCUUGUGAAUCCAUGGUAAUUCAAUAACUGCCAAACUACCUAGGGAUGAUCUUAGUUACCACUUCAUAUUAUGACAUAGCUCAUUAUAGUGGCCCUUUUAAAUGAUAGAGACACUCCAGGUUGUAUGACAUGUAUUAAUUACAUUUUCACUAUAAAUUCAACUGGAUAUCAUUUUUAGACCCUUUGAAAUCAUGUUUGGUUAUGUGUUGGAAGUAACAACUUUUCUGUUCUCAACUUUCAUUUAAACUUGUUGAUUAUUGCCAAACAUUCCGAUUUUUAACAAAUUUUAAAAAUUUAUUUUUAUGGAUGUUUUAUCAAAGAUGAGUGAAUAUAAGGUAGGAUGCAGGGGGAUGGUGAUUUAUUAAUUGUCAUGGUUUAUUGAAAAGCUUUAUUACUUGAAUUAUGAAUGAUGACAAAACUCAGAAUUUAGACUUGAAACUCAGCUGUCCUGAAUCUCAGUGAAAUUAUACGCUACUUUGGGGGAAUAAAUGAUAAUGAAUAAAAGUCAGACUUCUUCAUUAUGCACUUGACCUCAUAUUACUAAAAGACAAAUGUAAAAUUAGUGAUUUGUUUGAAACCAAAUAAGACAAAUUUCUAUUGUUUUCAACUGGAAUAAGUAUUGCAAAAGACUUACCUGCUCAAUUAAAAACAAUUUUUUCCAUGAUAUAUUGUUGUUUGUAUAAAGUAAUAAUUUUAAAUGUUUUGAAACGUCUAAAAAUUUGAAAGGGCAUUGAAGUGCGGUAUAUUUUAAUAGUUCUUACAUGUGCUCUAUAAAGAAGAAAUUGGUUUGUAAUUGUAUAUUAGAUUUAAUUAAUUUGGUAAUCCUUCCAUGUUCAUGCAGGGCUGAAAUAACACAAAAUAAAUUAUUUUGUUUAGAGAGUAUGCACGGGAUGAUAAUGUUAUCUUCUUUAGUUAAUUUGCUCUCAGAAUUAUACAUUAUGAUUCAUUGUUAAGUAAAUAAUGUGCUCAUUUAGGAUAGAGGGCGGGACCAGAGAGGAUGAUAUGCCCACAUUCUCUGAUCAGUACAUUUGUGAACUGGCAAAUCUGCCCAUUGAAAUGUUAUUCAAAAUGGACAUCAUAGAUUGAUUUGAUGGUCUUUUUUUCUUGUGAGAUAAAAUGUUUCCCUUAAUGUGGAACUGCAAA